UCAGCGCAUAACAGUAUUCAACUCACACAUCUCUGCCAUCACUUCCAGCUGCUUGAUCACCCUGUACAGCAAAGGCUCCAGCCAAGGACCCUACAAUCUGCCCAUCAAGAAGGGACUUUGUAGCCACCAAGGACUUAACCAACUACUUUGCUGCUUGGAGAGUUUUCAAGGUGCGAUCAUGGCUGUGCAGCUGCUACUGCUGGGGCUGCUGCUGGGAUGCUCUUGCUCGAGGGCUGAGUCCCCAGGCAAUGCCUCCCAGGGGGGCCCUGCUCCUGCUGCCCCUGGUGCCCCUCUGCCCAUGUGCCCGAGCCGCCCAGCCAUCGCCCGGACCUUCAAGGCCAUCAACACUGCGGUGGCGGCGGGGGUCUUCGUGGUGGGCCUCCUGGGCAACGCCACCCUCCUCCGCAUCAUCUACAAGAACAAGUGCAUGCGCAACGGGCCCAACCUCCUCAUCGCCAGCCUGGCCCUCGGGGACCUCCUCCUCAUCGUCAUCGACAUCCCCAUCCACCUCUACAAGCUUCAUGCAGAAAAUUGGCCUUUUGGAGUUGAAAUAUGUAAAUUGUUCCCCUUCAUUCAAAAAACUUCGGUGGGCAUCACAGUCUUAAGUUUAUGUGCUCUCAGCAUCGACAGGUAUCGAGCAGUAGCUUCAUGGAGCCGGAUCAAGGGCAUUGGAGUGCCAAAGUGGACAGCAGUUGAAAUUGUAUUGAUCUGGGUCAUGUCUCUUGUUUUAGCUAUUCCUGAAGCCAUAGGCUUUGAUAUGAUUACUGUGAAUUACAAAGGAGAGAAACUUAGGGUUUGUCUGCUUAACCCCCAGCAGGAAACAUAUUUCAUGCAGCUUUACAAGGAAGUUAAAGAUUGGUGGCUUUUUAGUUUUUAUUUCUGCUUGCCACUGGCAGUUACUGCUCUUUUCUAUACACUGAUGACCUGUGAGAUGUUGAGAAAGAAGAGUGGGAUGCAAAUUGCUUUAAAUGACCACUUGAAACAGAGACGAGAAGUGGCCAAAACAGUCUUCUGCUUAGUGCUCGUUUUUGCCUUAUGUUGGCUGCCUCUUCAUCUAAGUGGGAUAUUGAAGUUCACUCUUUACAAUGAGCGUGACCCAAACAGAUGUGAACUUUUGAGCUUCUUACUAGUGUUGAACCAUAUUGGCAUCAACAUGGCAUCACUGAAUUCUUGCAUUAAUCCCAUUGCUCUCUACUUGGUGAGCAAAAGAUUCAAGAACUGCUUUAAGUCAUGCCUAUGUUGUUGGUGCCAGUCCAAAGAUAUGCUCUCCCUGGAAGAAAAACAGUCCUGCUUAAAGUUCAGAGCCAAUGAUCAUGGAUAUGACAAUUUCCGCUCCAGCAACAAGUAUAGUUCAUCUUAAGGAAGAAACUUUACUCUUAGUUCUCACGGUUAUUUUUUCCCAGUGUAUGGAUGACAAAGGACUGUUAUAGUAAGGACAGCAAAUUUUGGUGGGAAGGGGAUGAACUUGGGGGUUGCACAAAAUUCAGAUCACUUACAGUCUGUUCAAGUUACAAUUAGCCACAGUGCUCAUAACUAUUUAACACACAAAAAUCCCUGCAAGAAGCAUUAAGAGCCUUGUCAAAGCACUUAAACCCAGAAUGAGCACUUCCAGAUCAUCUUCCAGUAUUGUAAAAUGAAAUAGCCAUGUAUGACCCUGAGAGCCUGAGUAAUAAUUCUCAGUGUAUAUAGUAUUCUAUGACUGUUGUUGGGGACGAAGCCAGCUAGAUCUAUAAAUCACUGUAACCUUUUCUUUGGGGGGUUUGGGGGGGCAGGGAGGCAGGGAAGUCUGCUAGUCUAACCUAUAUAAUCCCAUCUUGGAUAAAGAGUUUGUAUUGUGAUACAUCAGGCAUGUUGCUUCAUGUCACAGAAGGAAAAACAAGCAAAAAUUAGUAAGAAUGUUAUCUGUAGAGAUGAGAGAAAAUUAAUGAACACAGACAAACACAAACCAGGUAGUUCUUAAGUAAGCAAAGACAAACAUGCUAUCGGGGCUGAAAAAAUAGAAGAUAAUAAUACACUUUUGCAGAGUUUGGCAGUUACUUUUUUGGAGUGGAAGUCCCAGCAAAUUUGCUUAAUUCAAAUUUUUGUGUCCCCCCCCCCCCCGCCCUUCUGGCAUCUGAUUCUGAGUGCUCAAGUAUAGCAUUUUUCCUUACCCCCAACUUUUAAAGAGUAGUACUAUACUUAGUAAACUGCCUCCUUUUUUAAGAUUUUUGUCUUCUAUAAUAUAAAUAAGAGUAUCACUCUUUUUCUCAGAUAUGAUUUCCUACCAGUAACAAGAGGUUACACUUACUGCCCUAUGGCAGGGAAAGUAUCCUUCUGUUCACAGAGCACUAGCUAUCAUAGAUGACCUUUGUAGUUGUAGAUAUGAAAGAGUGGGGGUCGCAGCCUUCACCUUUAUGUUUCUUCAAAGGAGCCUGUAGUUCUGCUUUUGUAAAUAUUCUGGUUGAGACAUAACUGAGCCUGGUAUAGUAGGUCAUAAAAUACGGGCUGGUCCCAUUGUCAUUGUCUAUGUGAAUAACAGAUUGAGAGAGAGAAUAAGCUUACGACACACAUGAUGUGAACUGCCAGGAGCAUUCACAUUUUGUGUGUGCAUCUCCAACAGAGAUCUAUUUCAAAAAUAAUACUUAAACACAGGUUUAAGCUUAUUGCCAGUACUAAUAAGAGAGCCAGCAUAGUGUAGUGAUUUGAGUGUUGGACUAGGGCCUUGGCAGACCAGGGCUUCAAUCCCUGCACAGUAAUGGAAGCCCACUAGGUGAACAAAUCUUGCCAAGAGAACCCUAGGAUAUGAUUGCCAUAAGUCAGAGUUGAUCUGAAGGUUCAUAACAACAAACAAACAAAAACUACUAUUUUUGUUCUGAGCCAUACUGAGUCUGAAUGGAAAUGCUUAUAGAACUAUCCUUGAAAAUCUUUUCUGAAAAGAAUGGCCCAGGUGAGCCCUGAGACUGCAUGUGCCCUGUAAAAUUGCUUUUGUAAACACCAGCCUCCCUCCCCCCCCCCAUGCUGACAAAAGGUGAAUUUCCACUCCUGAAAACAUUCAGGAGUAAGAAUUCAUCUUUUAAAAGAUUGUAGGAUUCCUUGCACUGCUUGUCAUUGCUCCAAAAAAUUAUAAUUAAAUAAUUAUGUGUAUUUCAAAACUAGGCAUAGACUUCUAACCACUUCUAGGUAGUGGCUGUUUUUCAUUUGUGGGGAUUCUUGGCAGACUGUUCAGCCCUGGGGAUAUCCAGUUAUCAAAAUGUUAAUAUUACAGUUUGCUCAUGGUGGUAGUGGUACAGAAUUUUGAUUCUGCUUCUCAGCUACCAUCUGUCUUGGACUGCCCCAGCAAUAAGACUUCAGUCCGUAAAGUGCCUUUAAAAUUUUGAAUCACUGUUUUCAUUAGUUCCAGUGGCGUGAUGCUAAUGUAUAGUCUUGAGGAGAGAAUCACUGAGGGUGCAAUUUCAAAAUACUGUACUUCUUAGGGAGUAAGCCCUCGCUGAUCAGAGUUGAACUCACUUCUCUCUGCAUUUCUAUGGGAUCUCUCUAUUAAAAAUAAUCCACUAGGAACUGCUGCACAUUAAUUCAUCAAGAAUAAGGAGAUAGUCCUGAUGGAUUUGAUCUCUCAUGUACCUCACCAUGCAGCUGAAUUUUUGCACCAUGAUAUACUUGUUCAUAUCGUUUUAAUCUCAAAACUCAAUGUUUUGUAGCAUUUAAUAAACCCAUUAUGAAAUAACUGUAAGGUAUUUUUGAAUUAAUCUUUAGAUUAGCUAUUUCUGGCCUUUAAACAGUAUUAACACUAUUAUAAUAUUUAACUCCACUUGGAAUUAUAUUUUUGUUUGCUUGUGUUUAUUACCAACAAUACAACUGCAAAGUUUAAUGCCCUUAAAACUGACCGUAAAUGAUAGAGUAACAGAAUAUCUAUUUAUCUGUCGGUGUGCCUGCACACAUAUAAAUGUCCUGAGAAAAGAGGGCUUUUUGUUUUUAUCAUGGGAGGGGGGGACCACAUUUUUUUAGAUAGAAUGUAAGAUAUAAAAGUUUGAGAACCACUGACUUGGAGGGCAUGUAUCAACACUAUUAAAGAAUGGCAUCCAUGCAAAUGCACAAAAACACAGCUUUUCACCUAAAUGUUUUUAUGCUAUUCAGCAGUUAGUAGUUUGACUGAGGUGCAACUAUUGAUGCCAGUGGCCUUUCCAGUUUCUUGAAAUAUGGGGAAAACCAAACACAUUGUCCAGCUAAAUGUGCUCACUAUUAUUGCCAUGAAUGAUAACAUUUAAGUACUGUAUGUAUAUUUUACUAUUAAUACCAUUUAAAGUGCAGUUUCCAUAAUUAUGAUGUAUUAUAUGGGUUUGGGGAGAUUUAUGAACUCAUUGUUAUGUAGAUUGUUAUGUUAUUAUGUAGAGACCUCACAAGGCAGGAGUGGGCAACUCUGGGAGACCAAGAGGUAACAACAGAAAGUGGCCAGAAUUCAUUUCCUGAUUAUUUCCUUUUUUAAUGUUUCAUUUUGUCCCAAAAUGGCCUCCAGACAUGGCAAAAAUGACCCCAUGACACUUCUCACACUCCUGUCUUAAAGGCUGUUUCACUUAUUAUUUCAUGGAAAUCACUAGAUCCUAACGUGAUAAAGUGCAUAGGGUGUGUGUUGUGAACAAAUUGCCUUCUUUGUAGGAAUUUAGUCACAUGUGUUGUCACUUAGCCACAUAUAUAAUUGUAAACAGAAAGAGCAAAUAUAUAUAUGCUGCCUACUUUUAUAGAUAGUAGUGCUUACCAAGUAUAUAAUUAUCACUUUUUCCAAUAUUUGUAAGAAUAACUGAUAUUGACAGAACUCUUGACCAAACAAUAAUUUAGUCUCACCAAACUUCCAAAAAUCAAACCUUGAUUUUGCCUUUUUAUAUAAAGGAUGCCAAUUUACAAUUCCAUUGUACUGUAUAUAAUGGGUCUGGAGCAUCCAUGGAUUUUGGUAUCCAGGGGGAUCCUGGAAGCAAACCACAGUGGAUACCAAGGGCCCACUAGCCAUGCUCCUGUGCCUUUGGAAGUAGUUUGAGCUACAGACAUUAGCAGGAAACUCAUGGUUGAUCUGCAUGUUGCCAAAAAGCUUCACUGGAUUUCUGCUGAUCCAGGCAAUUGGCUAGGAUGUUUUUUGUUUUGUUUUUCUAGUGAACAGGCAACCCUAAUGCUGAUUGGAAGAGGAGCAAUACUGUGAGCCAAGUAAGCUUUAAAUGCAGAGGGAAACAGCAAUAAUAAGAACUUUUCAUCUGCAUAUCAAUAUUUUUCUAAAAUGAGGCAAACAUAAGGUAACUCAACAGCUGAAUAAACAAUCACAAGAAGAUCUUUGGGUUUUUAAAUUUUUGGUCUAUUUAAAUGUUCCCAGCUUUCGUUUUCCAGUUCUACCAGAACCACUGACAUGUUUAUGCUCAUUUGGCAUCCUUCGGUUGAAUUAUGUAAAAUUUUCAUUACCAUUUAACCUUGUCUGUAUGUAUGCAUGCGUGGUGUUUGUGCACACUCACACACAUACAAAACACCCCUAAGGAAAUACUCCAGUGUACAAAAUACUCUUCCUUAAUUAAUUUAUUAGUCUUUAAAGUUUGUUGGUUUUUCUGCCACAGACUAACAUGACUGCUCCCUAGAAACUAUGAGCUGAUCCUGGCUUAGUCAUACCUAAAGAUUCAGUGAAUGAAUGGGACAUAUUCCUCAUGACUAAUUAUGUGCCAUACCAUUUUUAAUGGAUCUACUAAAUGGGUCUUUUAAAUUCUAUAUCUAGAUUCUAGGUUGCAGCUCCUGUGUUCACUCACCAUUGGUUAUACUAGUUAGGGCUGAUGGGAGUUGAAGUCAACAAUUUCUGGAUGGGCAAUAGCUGCCACCCGUUGUCUCUUUUAAGUAUUACUAAGCCAACAAAUAACUUGAACUUGUUGUUUUUGAGUUGUGGCCUAGAUGUUUAAAUGCAGAACUAUUUAUUGCAUAAAUAAUGUCAUAUAAAGUGCAGGUUGUGGUGCAUGAAAGCAUUUCAUCUUUUUAAUGAAUAACACAGAGAGAAAGGGUUGAAUUCUGCUUUCCAGCCUUUGAGAGAAAUCAGUCACCAUUUUGUUACCUCAACAGAGUCAAGUAUGUUCUUGGAUAGAUUUGUACUGCUUCUCAUAACAGUAUUAGCUUCAAUUUGCAUCUCAUAACAGUGCCAGGUGGAUUAAGAGAGGCAAAUCAGCCAGUUUAUUGUAGCUGAUCUUUUUUAUGAUUGUUUUAUGAACUUGUAAAAUAUUUGUAUUUUUUUUUCUUUUUAUGACCACUUAAAAUUGACUGUAACUUUUACCACAAUGUUAGCAAACUGAAUUGUCAAUAAAGAUGCUUAUAGUUUCUUUA